CAACGAGAAGGCGUUACUCGAAAUCUUCUGCAUGUAAGGGACACGUAGUUUGCAGUAUGGCACAUGUAAGAGUCAUUAGUCAACAACAGAAAGCGACAAUUGCAGUAAGCAAUCGGUAAACCCCUCGUUGGAACACAACAAAAUCAUUCAAUCGAUGGGUUCCAGAGAAGCACUAUCAGCGUCUUCUCUACCAACGAGCAAAGGGAUAGCAGCUUGUCGUACCCUCACAUGCACUUCACCACUGUGAUCGUAGAAUUCACCGUCCACACAGAAACGCCCUGGAGACGUGAGAAAAAUACUGAUCUGUCGGACAGCGAACACUUCCACUGCUGGAUGGCUGAAGUGAGCUCCUCUGUCAAGCUGGGAAGACCAAAGGAAGAGUGUAGGGUCCUAAGGAAAAGUGUACUUGCCUGGAGCAUCAGGGUUAGCAGCUGUCUCCGAGGAAGCAGUGCUUUCACACACAAGACCUAUGUCAUACACAGCAAUCGACCUCGUCACAGGCUGGCACUGCAUCGAAUCUCUUAUACCUGUGCGAUGCCGUUGUCAAGCUGAGUGUUGAAAGCGACGCGCUUGUUGUCAGUCCAAUGCUGUACAGCAUUGUUGUUGAUUAAAUGACUAUGUCGCACGUGUCUCAUGAUGUAGAUCGACUAUAUAGAUGUGCAUUGACCAGUACCUGCACUUUAUCCACUGACAAUAAGUGAAGCAACUCAGUCCGCUCACGCUUCUCUCCCUCGGGUGUGACAUACUUCAUGCGGAACAAAUACGCGGGACGUUGCAUGAUACACCAAAGUCCGGCAACAUCGAACCGCUUUGGGCCUGAUAUGAGGAUAGGAAAAAACAUAUGUGAUGAGGUACGAUUUCAGAUGGUACGUACCGAUCCACCGCAACCGCUCAGCAACGAGAUUCACGUCCAACAGCAUGCCCAGAUAGACACCAUUGCUCCCCCAAACCUUGCCAUCUGCUCGUCCCUCUCCCCCGCCAUCGCACUCGAGCAGGUCUAUGGGCACCGCAACUCCCUGGACGAUUCGAUUGACAGCCCAUCGCACAACAUCCUCCAUCCCGGAAAGCCCCUUGCUCCACAGCGCACGCUCCUUGUUUCGCCCCCCAACAGACAUUGGCGCUUGUGGUGCGAACAGGAAGUCGCUUGCGAGAGAGUUGGCAGUCCCCAUGGGAACAAUGCCUACUGGGGGAACUCUUAAGACAUCGGACGACGGGAUAGCAGAACAGUCGAAUACACUCAUAAGGCCGCCAAUGACCUGCCCAGCACGGAAACGUAAAACCAUUGCAAAGAGAAUGAGGCUGUGCAAGGAUGGAUCUAUCUACCUCUUGCAUGGUUCCAUCACCCCCGACCACCACGACGGCUGACACGUCUGCACGAUGAUCACCGGGUGGGAGAAGAGGGAUUGUCAGGCACUCGGCGGAAGCAGCUUCGGAGGGAUCUGGAGUACGAAUGGCCAAUUGCGCAUGAGAUGGCUCAAACAGACGCCGCGUGAGCUGGACGCCAGAACCGAGGCACGUCGUGUAUAGCACUUCGAUACAAGCACAAGGCAGCGUCUGAAGGAAUAGGUAAAAACUCGCAUCCUCAGGCACCACUCCACGUGCAUGGUGUCACUAAUUCCAACCUGGAGUGUCGGUAGAACAAGGCGCUCCGUUACUUCUCGUCCUCUUCCCGCUCCCGCGGUAGGAUUGGCUAUUAUCACCAUCCUCGUUCCAUCCCAAAUUGUCGACGUUGUUCCCCACUUCCCUGACAGUGGCUGAUAGUACGGCGCAGAGGCGCCGGAGCUGAGACCCUCCGAU